AUGCGCAAACAGUCUAAUCUUUCCCCGAAGGUUAACGUUCAGUACCUUUUGACAGCGCAUUGUCGACAAACAACUUUCCUUGUCCUCCUUGGACAAAUUGACGGACUAGUUUAUGAAUUUCCUUACGCUGGACGUCUUCCUUACUCGCUUCAAAGUUAACUUUUUGACUUAAUUUGGCUCGCGGAUAUUUUUUUUGUGGAGCUAGUUCCGCCUUGUGCUAAUGGACAGCAGUUAGAGGACUAACCAGGACACCGAGGGGACAAAAGGCGUCUCCUUUCGGUAGGGUCCAUACCCACACUGGUGAAGCUAGAGACGGUACUGAUUGCUGAGUCUCCUGUGAUGGAAAAUCCUGGUGAUGAGGUUGACUUGCAUCAGAGCACGCCGGGGAAUGAAGAAGGAAACUCUGGAGAAGCACCCCCAGCAAAGCGCAAAGAUAAAAUUUCCAAAAUGGGGAAGUUUCUCAAACACUUUAGGUUUAAGAAGAAAAAGCCAAGCGAGAAGUUCACCGAAACAUCGAAGGAAUUGGAAAGGAGGAUUUCGGUCAGAAAAUCUCGCCAGGAACUGAUUGCUAGAGGAGUUUUAAAAGAGAUCCCGGAAAAUGAACUCCCAGUUAAAAAUGGGCACCCCUUACCAUUGGAUCCAGAUAGAUUGUCAGAGGUGGGAAGUCGAGUGUCUCGAGAUUCUGACAUCAAGGGGAAUCCCAUUCGGUAUCCUCCAGCAGAUGAGCGUCGAGGCAGGGUGGCAUCGGACGCUUCUCGAAGUAACAGGGCACCCCUGGACGUGGACAGUUAUGCAAAAUUGCCUCUGGAUGUAGACAAACGAAGCCGCAUUCCCUCAGAUAAUGAUAGGAGAGGAUCUUUCCCCCAACAAGAUGACAAAUACCAUAGAGACAAGAGGAGGGAUGGCCAAGAUAAAAGAGAGGAGAGAGGACGGCUAGAUAGAGAAGCCAUAGAAAGAAGAGACUGGAAAGAAGAAAAGGAAAAGGAUGGUGGAGUUGACUCUAGAGAGGAAAGGAGAGAAAGAAGAGAUGAAAAGGCUGACAGAGACAUCAGAGAGCGAAGAGAUCGGGAUGAGAGGAGAGAUCAGGAUCCAGAUGAAAGGGAAAGGAGAAAUCGGGACGAGAGGGAGAGGAGAGAUCAGGACGAAAGAGAGAGGAGGGAUCGGGAGGAGAGGGAGAGGAGAGAUCGGGACGAGAGGGAAAGGAGGGAUCGGGAUGAGAAAAGAGAUCGAGAUCUAGAUGAGAGGGAGAGAAGAGGUCGGGAUGGCAGAGAGAGGAGGGACCGGGAAGAGAAAAGGGAUCGGGAUCCAGAUGAGAGGGAGACAAGAAAUCGUGAUGGGAAGGAGAGGAGGGAUCGUGACGAAAGAGAAAGGAGGGCUCGAGACGAGAGGGAAAGGAGGGAUCGGGACGAGAGGGAAAGGAGGGAUCGGGACGGGAGGGAAAGGAAGGAUCGGGACGAGAGGGAAAGGAAGGAUCGGGACGAGAGGGAAAGGAGGGAUGUGGAGGAGAGGGAGAAAAAGGAUUUGGAAGAGAGGGAAAGGGAGAAAAGAGAACGGAAUAGGGAUGAGAGAGAAAAGAGAGAUCGUGAUGAGAGAGAACGGAGGGAUCGAGAAGAUAGGGAGCGGUACGACAAGGAAAGAAGAGAUCUUGAAAGCAGGGAAAGAAAAGAGAAUAGAGAUAACAGAAAAGAGGACAGAGGAAGAGAGGAUAGGGAGAAGAAAUAUGCUAAAUUUGAGAAAGAGGAUAUCAGGGACAAACAGGAAGACUGGAUAAAGAAACGUGAAGAUCAACCUGAAAAAAUGGACAGAAUCUUACCUGAUGUCAUACGUUCAAUCUCUGACCUGGACCUGCGUCCUCCCAUGCAGAGGAGCUCCUCAGAUGACAGCAAGAGAGAUUAUGCAGCAUUAGAAGUUGACAGAAGAACUACAUUACCCAGAUACAAACCGCCGGUCGAAUACAGAGAACGCUCAGAGUCUCUUGGCGUUCGCUUGCCUCUUCCCCACUCUCUGGAAGAAGAUCCCCAACAGCAACAACCUGCCUCCAAGCGAGCUUUAGUUCCACCCAAAUUCCUCACUGGUCACCUUUCUGAUUUCAAGCACCCCUCCUUCUCCUCCUCUUCCUCAUCUUCUUCCUCCUCUGGUUCCUCUGUUGAAGCUCCUAUUGCCAAGCCACCAAGGACGGUCUCCCUCGUAGUAGACGACCUACCUCAGCUACCUCCUGCUGUUCCUGCCUCAGCUGACCCUGAACCGCCUCCCCCUGUCCCUCCCCACGCCCAGCAGCCCCCUGUCCCUCCUCACGCCCAGCAGCCUCCUGUCCCUCCCCAUGCCCUAAAGCCUCUGGUGCCUCCGGCCACCCAGCAGCGCCCUAUUUCCAAUGCUAAGCAGCCUCCUGUACCUCCACCUAAACCCACCAACCGCAACAGCAAUCCUGCAGCUCUUGCUUCCUCCCUGAACAGGGCUUCUCAUGUCAGGCAGCUGUGUUAUUGGAGCGGCUUCAGGGGGCAGGGCGAGCUCAGCCUCUACCUCUCCCUGCCAGGGUACCUGCGCCACAGGACCUGCUCAGCUGAGUUUUCUCAGCCCACCAGCGGUGUGAUCGUAAUCCCAGCACCUGCUAAACGCUCUCCGCCCACCCCACCGAAAAGGAUGACGCCCGUCACCAAGCGCCAUGCUGUAGAUCCCUCCCCUCCUGAUCAGAUCGCGGACCCUCCAGCCCCUGUUCUUGCCCCCCCCCCUGUUCCUAAAGGAGGAGGCAGUGAAGACAAGGUGCAGACAGCGAUCCCAGAGACUUCAACAGAGCCUGGGCCCCCGCUGCCCUCCCACAUACCUCCAUCUCCUCCCAGGGUUAAGGUGCUCCCUCUGCCCAACUCCUCCUCUGGUGGUGUGCCAGCCUUACAGACUGACCCCCCCAGCCCUACCACUGAGCCUCCCAGCCAGCCUCCAGCCAUCCCAUUACACAUCCUUAUUAAGAGAGCACUGGCGAGUCCCGGUCAGGGUCAACCCAACCCUGAAGGCAACCAAAGGGCCCACUCGCUGCUCUUUGAUCUGCCACCAGAGCUCCCAGAGGAACCAGCAGUGAACACGCGCCACUCACUUCCUGUUUUCAUCGAACCUCUGCGGCUGCCAGAGGAUGACGACUUCGACAUGGAAGAAGAAUUGCAGAAGAUUAAGGCUCAGCAGGCCCCCAAGCAGCCGGGGCUGGAGCCCCGCAGCAGGAGGGCCUUGAUUGGAGACCCUAGAGUCACCAUGAUACCUGAAAGUAACGACCACGGGGACAGGCGGGAGGACUCGGACUCUGACUCUGAGGGCCCCAUCCCAUACAGAGACGAAGAGAGCGAUGAAGAAGGAGGAGCAGGUAGGCUGGGGAGAUGUGUGGAAAGAAAGGACACAUUGGCCCGGAAGCUUGAAAAACAGAAGCAGGAGAUUGAAGACUCAGUUAGUUGGAGCAACAGGGAACAGUGGGAGGCUGUGAGGAAGAAGAUCGGUUCUACGCUCACACGGCGGCUGAGUCAAAGACCAACAGCUGAAGAGCUGGAGCAGAGAAACAUUCUUCAAGCCAAGAACGAAGCGGAUCGACGGCUAGAAAGAUCUGAGAUCAAACGAAGACUCACAAGAAAGCUUUCUCAGAGACCCACCGUGGCUGAGCUGCAGGCCAGGAAGAUCCUGCGGUUCCAUGAGUACGUAGAAUCCACCCAUGCUGAAGACUACGACAGGCGCGCAGACAAACCGUGGACCAAGCUCACUCCUGCUGACAAGGCUGCCAUCCGCAAAGAGCUCAACGAAUUUAAGAGCACAGAGAUGGAGGUUCAUGAAGACAGCAGGAUUUACACCCGAUACCAUCGACCCUAACUGCUCACGUCACCACGGAAAGCACUUCAAUAAACUGGGAAGCAGCAGCUCCGUUGUCUUCUUCCUUUAACCGGCCUCAGCUGGACGACGGCACCGAUGAUUGGGACGCAGGCGUGGGGCUCAGCCAGUGCUCCCAGCAGCAGACAGUCGCUCCAGUCAGUAUUGGAACCCCCCAAUGCAAACACUAAACACAUAAAUGACCCCCCCCCCACACGCUGCUGGGGUUCAGCUGGACCAGAGGGACCUUCAUGUGUUCAGACCCCUGAUCACUGAAAGAAAACUGCAGCUGAUGUUCAAGCUUCUGAUGGUACCAUGAUGCUGUUCUGCCUUACUCCUCAAACUUACCCACUGAUGUCAGGCUCAGGCAAAAUGUGAAAUAGACCUAAUACAAUCAGACUGCAGGCUGAUUCCAACGGCAAAGGUGUGCGUUUUACUGUUUUUGUUAAUCCCUCUGAUUACUCUCCUUAAACCCAUAUUACUAGAUUAUUUUUGAUGAGGCACCUUGUGUUUUUGAAUGGGGUUCAUGAAAUAAUUACAGCCUUUAAUCCUGUGUUUAUAUUGAGAUUUUGAAAGCAGGAGAAUGUACAUAUUUUUAUUUUCCUGCCCGUUUUAAGGUACUUUAUAUAAUGCUGGUCCAUAGCUGGAUGCAGUUGUAUAGAAUAAUAAUGUAGAUUUGUUGGACUUUAUAUUGUAAACUACUGACUUGAAAUUCUGACGUUUUAAUUAAAUAUUUUUCUGAUGUAACUUCCGAGCACAAACGGUUCAGAUCCUUUUUUCUUUUUUGAUACAGAACCUGUAAGCUGUGUCCUUUUUGCAAACACACUGAAUAACUGAACAACCUAAUGAAAAAAUAAAAAAAAGUAAUGACUUCU